AUGAAGCGGACUACCUCAUCGAACUCGGAAGCACAGAGUUACAUCGAAUCACCACUCUCUCCUCUUCGAUUUCAUUCUCCGCUAUCAGAUGCCGGAGAUCCACCGGAGAGCCGUUACGUUUCGCCUGAGGGAUCUCCGUUCAAAAUCGAAAACCCGAAGGCGAUCGUAACCGACGGAAAGUUCUCGCAGUUUACGCCUCUUUCCUCGCCGAUUCCGCCGCCUCCUCCUCAGUUUCCGUCGCGGCAUCAGAGAAAUUCGAGAGUCCCGGUGAAUUCUUCUUCGAAUAAGUCUCCAUCGUCUAUGGUGGUGACAAAUUGCUGGGUAAGAGAGGACGGUCCACAGACUGCGACGAGGAAAGUUGGACCCCCGACGAACGGCGGAGAAUCUGCGACGACGACGGUAAACAGAACAAGCCGGGAUGGAUUGGUGAGCCUGGCGGCGCUAGGGUUUAGAGUGAGCGAAGUAAUUCUGUGCGUGAUCUCGUUUUCAAUCAUGGCGGCUGAUAAAACUCAAGGAUGGAGUGGCGAUUCCUAUGAUCGCUACAAAGAGUACAGGUCUCUCUUCUCCUCGAUCUAG